AUGGCCCAAACCGUUACAGAAUGGAGUCAAGAUGAUUGGAGCUUUGUGCCUGUAUCCGUUUCAGAUGUCUUUGGAGACAAUCGUCCGUUGAAAAAUCUGACAGUACAGACAUCUGCAAUUCGCGCUCGUUUGUACUGCAGUGCCGUUGACUGGCCCAGCAAUAUAGCCCUUUGGUCUGAUGUGCAGAACGAAAGUUCGGCAAUGAACAACUUCACCGGAUUACAUAAAUACUACAUGCCAAAGAAACUGGUUCGGGACGGCAAUUACACAAUUUACCUCACUGCUCGAGCGGAUUCAGCACAAUGCUGCGCUGAUAUCACGGAAAACGCACCGGAUAAUUCAUCCAUAAUUGCUUAUUGGACGGAGGAUUGGUCGGGAAGAUAUUCUCUUUAUGGUAACACUUCUACCCUGAUUAGUACCACCGGGAAUUUUACAGUCCAAUGGAUACGAGGCCCCAUAGAUUUCGAAAGGACAACGGAGCCACCCAUCGAAAUGCUCUACUUUUCCGAGCCACCUGCUAUACAAGCAUUGAAUUGCAUGCCCACCUUUGAAUCAAGCCGAGCGGAAGUUACGGUCGAGCCUAGUACGGGUGUAGUACAGCAUCAUCGCAUUCUUGAUACUCCUCUUCGAGAAGAUGUGGCUUGGUCUGAUGCAUUCCAAUGGCGUAAUUUCUCUGAAGACGGUCGAUACAACGGUUCGUACACUUCGAAUUACCGGAAUGGCAGUAGGCCGAGCUAUGUUUACAAUUUCGAUGUUACCAUAAGCUACGGGUCAUUCUUCAUGAAAUCAAUCUUGAACGCCGCAGAUAUCAUUCUCGCUGGCUUGGAGGCUCCUAAUGGCAGCUAUCAAAGCAGCUCUUUGGGAGAAAGUCUACGGGACAAGGUCUUCAACAUGCAAGACAACACAACAGGCCUCAACCUCGAUUUCAUGUCCUACGCCGCUUAUGCACAAGUAGGAUUUAGCCCCACCGCCCUACUGGAUCCUGAAGUCUUAGCUCAAACAUCCCAAAAGAUCUUUUCAACCUUCUUCCAGCACUUUGCCAGCAACAACCUAUCUCGCGAGCAUGGCGGCAACGUUUAUCAACCCAGGGGCAUGGACCUCAAAGUCAAUACCCCAAUGCGCGACAUGCCGACUCAAUACACUCCUGACGGCUCUGUAGCUCCAAAGUUUCAGGACAUCGUCCGUAAUACUAGUGCCACAACGACAGCUACAACAACCACCCGGGUUGAAGUGCUCACGAUGAAUCCUGUCGCCUUUUGGCUAGCCACAAGUAUUUUGAUAUGGCUCAUCAUCACCAUCAUCAUUCUCGCAUCUGUACAAAGAAGGUACUAUGGCGGAAUGAUGCGGAAUGUGGAAUGCAUUGCCGACGUGCUGGUUCUCAUCGCUGGUAGCGAACGUCUACUCGCAGUGAUUAGAGAAAAGGGCAUGGACACCAUAAUCAAGGAGGACAAGGUCUUGACGCGAAUUGGCUGGUUCAGAGACGAGGAUGGGACGAUACGAUGGCGUAUUGACUUAUCUCGUAAUACCCUGUAG